AGUCACUUCCGCUUCUGACGGGGUCGUUUUUGGUGGAUGCACUUCCGGCGGUGGCCGCUCAGACGACUGGGGAAAGAUGGGUCAAAGUCAGAGUGGUGGCCAUGGUCCUGGGGGUGGCAAGAAGGAUGACAAGGAUAAGAAAAAGAAAUAUGAACCUCCUGUCCCAACUAGAGUGGGGAAAAAGAAGAAGAAAACAAAGGGACCAGAUGCUGCCAGCAAACUGCCACUGGUAACGCCUCACACUCAGUGCCGCCUGAAGCUGCUGAAGUUAGAGAGAAUAAAAGACUAUCUUCUCAUGGAGGAAGAGUUCAUCAGAAAUCAGGAGCAGAUGAAACCUUUGGAAGAAAAGCAAGAGGAGGAAAGAUCGAAAGUGGACGAUCUCAGGGGUACUCCCAUGUCUGUAGGAACCUUGGAAGAGAUCAUUGAUGAUAAUCACGCCAUUGUGUCCACAUCGGUGGGCUCAGAACACUACGUCAGCAUCCUGUCAUUUGUGGACAAGGAUCUGCUGGAGCCAGGCUGUUCAGUCCUGCUCAACCACAAGGUGCAUGCUGUGAUAGGGGUGCUAAUGGAUGACACAGAUCCCCUGGUCACAGUGAUGAAGGUGGAAAAGGCCCCUCAGGAGACCUAUGCAGAUAUUGGGGGCCUGGACAACCAAAUCCAGGAAAUUAAGGAAUCUGUGGAGCUUCCUCUUACCCAUCCUGAGUAUUAUGAGGAGAUGGGAAUAAAGCCCCCUAAGGGGGUCAUUCUCUAUGGUCCGCCAGGAACAGGUAAAACGUUACUGGCCAAAGCCGUAGCUAACCAAACCUCAGCCACUUUCUUGAGAGUGGUUGGCUCAGAGCUUAUUCAGAAGUACCUAGGCGACGGGCCCAAGCUCGUUCGGGAGCUGUUCCGAGUUGCUGAAGAACAUGCACCAUCCAUUGUGUUUAUUGAUGAAAUCGAUGCCAUUGGGACCAAAAGAUAUGAUUCAAACUCUGGAGGUGAGAGAGAAAUUCAGCGAACAAUGUUGGAGCUGCUGAACCAGCUGGAUGGAUUUGAUUCGAGGGGAGAUGUAAAAGUUAUCAUGGCCACAAACCGAAUAGAAACUUUGGAUCCAGCACUUAUCAGACCAGGCCGCAUUGACAGGAAGAUCGAGUUCCCCCUGCCUGACGAGAAGACCAAGAAGCGGAUCUUUCAGAUUCACACAAGCAGGAUGACACUGGCUGAUGACGUAACCUUGGAUGACUUGAUCAUGGCAAAGGAUGACCUCUCUGGGGCCGACAUUAAGGCAAUCUGUACAGAAGCUGGCCUGAUGGCCCUGCGGGAACGCAGGAUGAAAGUUACAAAUGAAGACUUCAAAAAAUCUAAAGAGAACGUUCUUUAUAAAAAACAAGAAGGCACCCCUGAGGGGCUGUAUCUCUAGUGACCCACAGUUCCUUCAGGGAAGUUAGUGAGUUCCCCGUACCCCUGGGAGGAUGGGAAGCUGCCCAAGGAAUCCAUUUCCCAGUGAGUUUGCUAGUAGACAACCUGUCUUGAAGGAUGCUGUGCAGGGUACCCAUCAGUCGUCUCCGUCUGCGGUCGUGUUGUGCUCUCUGCUCUCAAUAAAGGGUUGUCUGGUUUGCUUUCUA